GGCCUUCGUACUCCGCCACCACCAUGACGGAAGAAACGCCCACCGAAAUCUUUCUCCCGCCGUCAUUUCCAUACCCAAUCAAGAUAUCCUCCAUUGACGCGCCGAUGUCGAGCACCGUUCAGCGGGGAAUCCGUCUGCUGAGCUAUUCCUUCCAGUCCACCCCUCAAGGUGGGCGCCCAGAGACUCGUUUUGGCACCUGGGACUGUGCUAUCGAUGGGGACAUUAAAUCGUGGAAUGUCAAGGCUGGAGAUGUCAUUACUGCAAUGAGGGCCAAAGAUAAGCCUGUUGUGGUCAUACAGGAACCGUGCAAACACGGGAUGCAGCUGGGUGGCCUUUGUGUUUUAUGCGGGAAGGACAUGACCAAUUCUGAUUAUAUCGGAUUCUCGGACACUUCGCGCGCUUCUAUUCAAAUGACACAUUCUGCUAAUGGCCCUACCGUUUCCCUUGAAGAGGCUCAGCGCAUCGAACGUGAGACGGCAGAGCGCCUGAUCAAAUCGCGCAAGCUGUCUCUUAUCGUGGAUCUCGAUCAAACAAUCGUGCAUGCAACAGUGGACCCCACCGUUGGGGAGUGGAUAGCAGAAGGUGAGGCUUGGGAGGAGAAACAUAAGCAGAAGAAUGGAAAUGACGUGCAGAUGGGCGAGGAGAGCUCUGAUACGGACGAAGAGGAGUGUAAUCCCAACUGGGAGGCUCUCAAGGAUGUCAAGAAGUUUAAACUGGGGCCGGAAUCGUUUGGGAUGCCCUAUGAAGCCAAGGGCAAGGGCAAGUCCAUUGAACAGGACGGAUGCAUGUACUACAUCAAGCCUCGACCUGGAUGGCAAGCCUUCCUACUAGAGGUGGCGGCCAAAUACGAGAUGCACGUUUACACUAUGGGCACGCGUGCUUACGCUGAACAAGUGUGUGCAGCUAUUGACCCGGACGGGAAGCUCUUCGGUGGACGGCUGCUCAGUCGAGACGAAAGCGGGAGCUUAACACAGAAAAGCCUACAACGACUGUUCCCCUGCGAUACGUCCAUGGUAGUGAUCAUUGAUGACCGAGGAGAUGUAUGGGAAUGGAGUCCCAACCUUAUCAAAGUCGUCCCAUACGACUUUUUCGUGGGUAUUGGUGACAUCAACUCCGCGUUCCUUCCCAAAGUAACCACCUCUAACCUCAUGCCCUCGUCCACGCAAGCUUUGAUAACACAGAACUCGAUCGCACUCGAAGCCCAGGUAGAGGAGAGGCCACUGGCAAGGAUGCAAGAGCAGCUUACGGAUAGUGACGACUCAGCAAAAGACAAGGAGGUCAGUCCAAAACCUGAUCACGAACACACCAGUCACCGCAAAAAAGCCUUGUUGAAAAGUCAAGACAACGAGUUGGAGCGUGUUGCAAAGCUCCUUGAUGAAGUCCACCAACGGUUUUUCGAUGCUUAUGACGCUUCGUCAUCAAAUAAACGAAAACGUGGGGAGGAUGAACGUGAUGUAACGAAAAUCAUACCCAGCAUACGGUGUAAAGUUCUCCAAGGGGUACAUAUCGUGUUUUCUAGUCUCUUCCCAAUGGACACGAAUCCCGAAUCUUCUGAAGUGUGGAAAAUGGCGCGCACAUUUGGCGCAAAGUGCUCUGCUGAGCUUGUCGAAGGGGUCACCCAUGUCGUCGCUGCCAAGCCUGGCACGGACAAAGUAAACCAUGGUUCAAAACGGCCGGGAGUCAGAGUCGUUUGGGCCCAAUGGCUCACUGAUUGUAUAAUGCUUUGGCAGCGCGUAGACGAGACUCCCUACCUGAUGGAUCCUGGGGUGGACAGGGAGAGCGUCCUUACGCAUGGUGUUGUCGUGCGAGAUAAAGACAAGCAUCAUCAUGAUGUGGGUGUUGAGCUGGAGAUGGGUGAGAUCAAUUGGAAUGAUAUCAAUGACGAGGUUGACGCUGCAAUGAAUGAGAGUGAUGAUGAUGAGGAUGAAGAUGUCCAGGGGGAGGGAUAUAGGGUAUGGGAUCCAGAUGACGAGAGUGCACCUAAUACGCCAAGGAAGCGAACGAGGUCGAGAAGUGUGACACCGUCGAAAUCGGUUGACGGUGGAAGUCCAGAGUCGAAAAAGCGGAAGCUCGAAAGUUCGACGCUGAAAGAGACUGUAAGCGCUACGGACUUGGCAGAGGAAGAAGAAGAAGACGAAGACGAGGAUGGCGACGAGGAGGAAGAGAUAGAAGUGGAUGAAGAUUUCCUCGCCAAAGAACUGGAAGAGGAUUGGGGAUAGCAAGACAUUCUCUAUUUUCUUAUGGCUUUCAUAUUUGUCGGGCGCAUCACUUAUUUCCUUCUGUCUUUGCUCCUGUAUCUAUUAGCUUGGGUAUGGUUUUCUUGGUGCCAAGAACUGGUCUGUAUAAUCUACGUUUUCUUUAUGAUCUCUUUAUUACAAGUAAUUCCGUUCAAGUACAUGGCUGUAUAGUAUUUUCAGACUAAAUCGAAAAACCGAACGCG